AUGAUCCUUCUACAACCGACGACUUUAGCAGCCCUAGUAACUUUAACCGGAUUUGUGAACGCCUAUGUAUCCAUCCUCAUCAUUGAAGUUUCUAAAGACGAGCUUGUCAUGAAGAUAAACGAAUUCGACGAAACUGCGAAAGACCGAUGUCGGCAAGAGGCAAGUCAACUCCCUAAAACCCUAAAAUUAGUCUUGUAUACGUUGCCUUGGUAA